UCCAUCUUGAAGGAAAGGUUCCCGAGCGGGCCUCGGGGCGGGGCCGGGGGCGCGGCUAAAUGCGGAGGGAAGGUUGGCCUGUCACUCACCGCUUGCCGCUGUCCCACUGCUAGCAAGUCCUCUGAGCUGCGAAGGUCAUGCUGCCCAACACCGGGAAGCUAGCGGGAUGCACGAUUUUUAUCACAGGUGCAAGCCGAGGCAUUGGCAAAGCUAUUGCAUUGAAAGCAGCGAAGGAUGGAGCAAAUAUUGUCAUUGCUGCGAAAACCACCCAAACACACCCGAAACUCCCAGGCACAAUCUACACUGCUGCUGAAGAAAUUGAAGCAGUUGGAGGAAAGGCCUUGCCAUGUGUUGUUGACGUGAGAGAUGAACAGCAAAUCAACAAUGCAGUGGAAAAAGCUGUGGAGAAAUUUGGAGGAAUUGAUAUUUUGGUGAACAAUGCAAGUGCUAUUAGCUUGACCAACACAUUGGAUACUCCUACAAAGAGAGUGGACUUGAUGAUGAAUGUGAACACCAGGGGCACCUACCUUACAUCCAAAGCAUGUAUUCCUUUUUUAAGAAAGAGCAAAGUAGCACAUAUUCUUAAUCUCAGCCCACCCCUGAACCUAAAUCCUCUGUGGUUCAAACAGCACUGUGCUUACACCAUUGCCAAAUAUGGCAUGUCUAUGUGUGUGCUUGGAAUGGCAGAAGAAUUUAGAGGUGAAAUUGCAGUCAAUGCCUUAUGGCCUAAAACAGCCAUACAUACUGCUGCUAUGGAUAUGCUUGGAGGAUCUGGUGUUGAAAGCCAAUGUAGAAAAGCUGACAUUAUUGCGGAUGCUGCAUAUUCCAUUUUCAAAAGGCCGAAAAGUUUUACUGGCAACUUUAUUAUUGAUGAAAAUAUCUUAAAGGAAGAAGGAAUAAACAAUUUUGAUGUCUAUGCAAUUACACCAGGCCAUCCCUUGAUACCAGAUUUCUUCUUAGAUGAAUUCCCAGAUGCAGUUAUAGAGGAAACAAUAUCACAUGAUUUUGUACCAGAAGUAAAAGAAGAAAAGCCACAGCAGCAGCCACCACCACAACUGCAGCCACAGCCAUCACCACAACUGCAGCCACAGCCAUCACCACAACUGCAGCCACAGCCACCACCACAACUGCAGCCACAGCCACCACCACAGCCACAGCCAUCACCACUACUGCAGCCACAGCCACCACCACAGCCACAGCCACAGCCACCACCACAUUUUGGAGCUGUGGAAGAAACAUUUAGAAUUCUUAAGGACUCGCUCAGUGAUGAUGUCGUUAAAGCCACACAAGCAGUCUAUCAGUUUGAACUCUCAGGUGAAGAUGGUGGUACAUGGUUUCUUGAUCUGAAGAGUAAGGGUGGGAAAGUUGGACAUGGAGAGUCCUCCGAGCGGGCAGACGUGGUGAUGAGUAUGACCACUGAUGAUUUUGUCAAAAUGUUUUCAGGGAAACUAAAGCCAACCAUGGCAUUCAUGUCGGGAAAACUGAAGAUUAAAGGAAACAUGGCUCUGGCAAUCAAGUUGGAGAAGCUGAUGACCCAGAUGAAUUCCAGACUAUGAAAGACAAAGAGCAAAAACACUGACUCUUCUCAGAAGUGAAAAGCUCAGCAGUUAAAGUUCUGUUGUCUUCUCCAUUGUCUUAUAAGGACACAUGUGUUUGUUCUGGAAAAGUAGAAUUUCUGUAUCUAUAAGACUUGAAAUUGUAAUUAAAACAACUAACCAAUCAAGGACAAGUUUCAUUAAGUGGCAUCCUAAUAUAUUGUGGGUUUUUCUUUUUUCAGUUUUUUUCUUUAAGCCUUUAUUUCAGUCAUUGCUUUCUUGCAGGAAAACUACAGUCAUGAAUGACUAAUCAAUAUCAAGCAAUAGAAUUAGCUAUUUACAAAACUUCUCAUGUAAAAUGAAGUUACUUUAUCUUCACAAAGACAGUUGGGUGAAGAACUGCAAUAUCAUUCUUACCCACUGCUCCUGUUUUGUUUUGUUUUUUUAGGACUUUUGUUUUUGUCAGCAGUAUUUUAUAGACUUCAGUGUAUAAUUUUUUUUUUUGAGACAGGGUUUCUCUGUGUAGCUUUGGAGCCUGUCCCGGCACUCACUCUGGAGACCAGGUUGGCCUUGAACUCACAGAGAUCUGCCUGCCUCUGCCUCCCUAGUGCUGGGAUUAAAGGCGUGCGCCACCAACGCCCAGCCAGUGUAUAAUAUUUGCAGGCAAAAUUUUCUUUAACUUAUCAUAAGCAUUUUGUAUUAUUGAUACUAUUCUAGAUAUCUUUAAAUUUUCAGCUUUCCCCUUUUUGUCCAGCUGGGGUAACUCAACUGGCCUUGAACUCAGGUCAGUCCUCCUGCCUCAGUUUGCUUAGUGCUAUUAUGACAGACAUGAACCACCAUGCCUAGCUAAAUUCAGUUUUCAAGUGCUAAUAUAUAGAAAUGUAAUUAAUUUUUUGAGUAUGCCUUAUGCCAUAUAGUAGUUUAAUCUACUCACCACCUUCAGCAGCUUUUUAAAAAAAAAAAAAAACAGGUUCUUUAAACCAUGUUAUCUUCAAAUAAAGAUGAAUUUAUCUCCUUUUU